AUGACGCGUGGCGACGAUGUGGGUGAAUUAGACGCGCGUGACGUCGACGCAGAGGCGACGUGGGUGACGUUUGAUGCGGAAACGAGUCGAGAUGAGGAACGGUCAAACUUUUUGAGCGAACGGAUGACGGACGACGACGACGCGACGGCGGCGCGGUUCGACGCGCGCGACGGUGGAUUCGAUGGGAACGGUGAUGCGCUCGAUGUGACGUGCUCGGUGCGCGGUGAUUCGGAGCUCGAGCGAGUGCGAGAGCGAUUGGCGAGCGCGGAGGCGAACGCGCUGCGCGCGACGGAGGCGCUGGACGCGGAGCGCGCUGGACGAGAGCGCGAACGACGGCGGUUCACGGCGCUUUUGCGGGCGAAAGGAGUGGAUGAUGCGCGUGAUGCGAGCUCGGAGGAUGGGGGCGAGGGUGAUGGUGGGGGGUGGGGACGCGAGUCGUGA